AUGAUGCUGGAAGAGAAGUACAUUGGCCUGGCGCUAGCCAUAGCAUCCAGUUUGGCAAUUGGUGUUAGCUUUGUGAUCACGAAAAAGGGACUCAUGCAUGCGGAAGAACGACACGGCUUCGAAGGUGAUGGCUACGUCUACUUGAAGAGCCCGAUAUGGUGGGCGGGAAUUUCGACACUGGUUCUUGGAGAGAUUUGCAACUUUGCCGCCUACGCCUUUGCGCCAGCCAUUCUCGUCACGCCCCUCGGCGCCCUGUCUGUCCUGAUCGGAGCCGUCCUCGGAUCCUACUUCCUCAACGAGCAGCUCGGCAUUUUGGGCAGGCUGGGAAGCGCCAUCUGUCUUCUCGGUGCCGUUAUUAUCGUUCUGCACGCCCCGCCUGAUGAGGACAUCCAGACCAUAGACCAGAUUCUGCACUAUGCCAUCCAGCCCGGUUUCCUGUUCUACGUUUUCGCCGUCAGCGUCUUCGCCAUCGUCAUGAUUUACAAGGUUGCUCCCGUCUACGGAAGGAAGAGCCCCCUCAUCUACCUCCUCAUCUGCUCGACCGUCGGCUCCGUCUCGGUCAUGUCGGUCAAGGCCUUUGGCAUUGCCCUGAAGCUCACCUUUGCCGGCCAUAAUCAGUUCUCACACCCCUCGACCUACGUCUUCAUGAUCUUGACCACCGUCUGCAUCUUGACCCAGAUGAACUACUUCAACAAGGCGCUUGCUCACUUCCCCACCAAUAUCGUCAACCCCCUCUACUACGUUACCUUCACGACCUUUACCCUCUGCGCCUCUUUUAUCCUCUUCAGCGGCUUCAACACGACCGACGUUGUCAACACACUCUCCCUCCUCAGCGGAUUCCUGACAACAUUUGCCGGCGUUUACCUGCUGAACCUCUCGAGGUCGGACCCCCACGGCCAGAAGAUGGUCUCUGGCCGCGGCGGCCCCGACGCCACCGGUACCGACAUGGUCUCGAGCAUACAGACCCGUCUCAGUCUGCAGGCCAGGAGGAGCACGGAUCCCCGGCACAGCAUGAGUAGCCACCACGGCGACACGACGGGCCUGAUGCGGGCCUACGACGAGGAGGCGGGUGCCGAGUUUGGCCUCACCGACCUGGCCGAAGACAGCGACGACGACUCGCAGACGGGCCGCGUCAACGGCAACACCAACGCCAACGGCAAGUCAAGAGGCCAUAACGAGAUUGAGAUGCAGCCUCAGAGGUCACACGACCGAUAA